UUGUGCUCAGCAGUCUGUGCCGUCCCAUGCUGCUCUCUCCUCCUGUGCUUGAGAAACCAGUCAGACCAGUCCAGAGCAAACAUGGCAGCCGAUCGGACCGGGGAGAGUCUUGAGGAAACUGACGAAGUUCAUUCAUCAGAUGUGGGGUUGUUUCAGGAUCACGGUGGUAAUAUCCCGAAGAGACAUGCCCGGGUUACCGUGAAGUACAACAGGAAGGAGCUGCAGAGGCGGCUGGACGUAGAGAAGUGGAUCGACGAGAGCCUGGACCGGCUGUACUCGGGUCAGAGAGGUGAUAUGCCAGACGAGGUGAACAUUGAUGACUUGAUUGGUCUGCCUGAUGAUGAGGAACGAGUCAAGAAGUUACAGGAGCUUCUUCGAAAGUGCAAUAACAACCCAGAGACCUUCAUCAGAGAGCUGGUGGCGAAGCUGGAGGGAGUUCACAAGCAGGACGAGCUGCAGAGCGAAGGCAUCGAGCAUCCGAUCAUCUGCCACAGCCACUACCGCCAUGAGCCCUACCACUUCAACAACCCACAGCAACACUCCCACCACACCCAAGGCCCAAACCAGACUCUCUGAGGCCCCCUCAACCAGGACACUGCAACUAAAGGGCAGUUUUGUUGACCCAUGGAACGCAAAGUAGCAAAAACCUACCUUAAAACUCACUAAUUAAGACGUAAUAUCUCGUACAACUAUCUUUGACAUAUUUAAUUGGUGGAUAAUUAGCAUGAAACAGAAAUAAACUAAAGAUAAUCUGAGUGCAGACGCUUCACUCCAGAGAUGCCAUUGAGCACGAGUCAGUUAUGUAACAGGAAGAAAUACAUCUUAGAAAUAUAUGUUUUUCCACUCACAGUAUUCACAAAAUACCUUUUAUUUGCAGCAUCAAAAGCUGUGGCUUGAAACGCUGUCAUUAUCUUCCUGCUAUUAUCUCCAUGUACACACAGUUGGAUGCAACAGUUUCUGGCCCUCACUGAUCAAAUGUCUGAUGAAAGUGUUUGAAGGAAAGCAACAAAAACAGAAUAUAACUCCUCAUUUUAAAAUACAUCAGAUAACACUAUAGACAUAUAUGACCUAUAUAGAGUUAGAUUAAAUGGUCAGAAAUGUUAUUUAUUGUCAUGAUUACAGGACAGUGUGAUAUCACACGGAACAUAUUCCUGUUGCAUUGCUUACACACUGUUGCUUUUUAAUAUUGUUAUAUUAUAUAUAUAAUAUAUUAUCUUUUAAUAUUAUAAUAUUUCAUUCAUCCCUUCUGUUUUUGAGAUGUAUUUUUUACUAAAUUUGCAGUUUUGUCAGUGCAUUUGCUAAAUGUUGAUUCUGCAAAGAGACACUAGUCCUUUGCAGGAAUUCUUAAUAAAACAUUUCUUUCACUGUGGGUGCAUGUUUAAUGUACUAUAGUGUGUGUUUUCCAGGUCAAUACAAUAUGUGGAUUAUCUGUUUGAAAAGGACACUGACACACUCUGUACUGUACGAGUUCAUGCCAUCCAAUUAAACAGCUCAGACAAAAA